ACUAUAGUAAUAAUAUUUCCACGUGUACAACGAAACCCUGCUUCUUUCCCAUCUUGGUCGUAUAAAACCCCGCCAUUUCCAUUUUCACCCAAAAACCUUAAUCAAAUCUUCGAUCACAAAAAUGGAUGAAUACUUACCCAUUCUUGCGUUUUCUCUUCUUCUUGGUGCCAUCAUUGCUCUCAUCUUCUUCAACUCCUAUUACCGUAAACGCCAAUCCGAAGUCCGAUCCAUCGCAAAUCUAAAUCCAAAUCCCAAUCCAAUUACUCCCUCUUCAAAACCCCUUCCUAAUAAGAAACCUAACCCUAAACACCAUUCCUCUGAUAAGGAUCAAAGCAAGCGGCAUCAUCCAUUGGAUUUGAAUACCUUGAAAGGCCAUGGUGAUGCAGUUACAGGACUGUGCUUCUCUCCUGAUGGACGAAAUUUGGCAACAGCGUGUGCUGAUGGAGUAGUGAGAGUAUUCAAGUUGGAGGAUGCUUCUAGUAAAAGUUUCAAGUUCCUGAGAAUUAAUUUGCCUGCUGGAGGUCAUCCGACUGCAGUUGCAUUUUCUGAAGAUGCGUCCUCCAUUGUUGUGUCAUCGCACAGUCUCUCUGAUUGUUCAUUAUACAUGUAUGGUGAAGAGAAACCUAAAGCUUCUGAAGAUAAGCCACAAGCAAAACUUCCUCUUCCGGAGAUUAAGUGGGAACAUCACAAAGUUCAUGAUAAAAAAGCAAUAAUUACUAUGUUUGGAACAUCUGCUACUUAUGGUAGUGCUGAUGGAAGUGCAUUAAUUGCCUCGUGUUCAGAAGGGACUGACAUCAUUCUUUGGCAUGGAAAAACUGGGAAGAGUUUGGGGCAUGUGGAUACAAAUCAACUUAAAAAUAACAUGGCUACUAUAUCUCCCAAUGGGCGUUUCAUUGCAGCUGCUGCGUUUACUGCAGACGUUAAGAUCUGGGAGAUUGUGUAUGCAAAGGAUGGAUCUGUCAAGGAAGUUAUAAGUGUUAUGCAGCUUAAGGGGCAUAAGAGUGCAGUGACUUGGUUAUGCUUUGCUCCAAACUCUGAGCAAAUAAUCACAGCAUCCAAGGAUGGUUCCUUAAGAAUAUGGAAUAUCAAUGUUCGCUAUCAUAUGGAUGAGGAUCCAAAGACACUGAAAGUGUUCCCAAUUCCUCUUCGUGAUUCUACCGAUACUGCUCUACACUAUGAUCGCCUCAGUAUUUCACCUGAUGGGAAAAUUUUGGCUGCAACCCAUGGUUCCACAUUGCAGUGGUUAAGUGCUGAGACUGGAAAAGUUUUGGAUACAGCUGAAAAAGCCCAUGAUGGUGACAUCACAGGCAUUGCAUGGAGUCCUAAAACUAUUCCAAAUGGAAAUGAAAAAGUCUUUGUUUUAGCAACAGCCAGUGUUGACAAGAAAGUGAAGUUGUGGGCAGCUCCAUCAUGAACUAGUUUGUGCGGACAUCUAAGAUAUGCUAAUGGGUGUUGCUUCAAAAGUUCUCAGCUUUGGUUUGACAAAAGUUGAACAGUAUAAUGGAAAAAGAUGAAUGAGAAACUAGGAUGAGCUGAAUACAAGACAACGUCCUUAUGUUGAUGUUUUGAGAUUGAUCUUAUCGAAUUUUUGCCACUAAUAUGUUGUACAGACAUAGAUGGUGUUGUUGGUUUUGAUUGUGCUUAACUUCUAAUUAGCCGGAAUUAAAUGAUGAGGUAAUGCAAGAAUAGUGCAUUAGUAACUCUUGAAGAGGAAAUAUUAGACAUGUUGCUUUAUAGAGUGUACUUAAUUUGAAAA